AUUAUAUCAACCAUGGGCAUAUUCUUUAAUCAUCAAACUAUUGGGGAGAAAAAUACCUCAUAUGUAUCUGAAAAGCAGAUGAACUGCAGUGUGGAGAACGAGUGGGGACAUCCUAUUAAUUGAUCUAGGGAACGACUAUUUCACUGUAAAAUUUCUCAAAGAAUAAAACAUGCCAAAGGUUUUACACGGAGGUCUAUGGUUCAUAAAUGGCUUCUUUUUAUCCAUUAAAAGAUGGCAACCGAACUUCGUCGCCUCGAAUGCAACGGAAACUUCCUCAGCGAUCUGGCUAAGGCUACCAGAACUACCCACUGAAUACUAUGAUCAUAAGAUCUUAGCAACAAUUGGGAAAAAAGGGGACGGCUAGUUAAAACAGACGUCUGUAACUCUGCUACACUAUGAGGGCGUUAUGCGAGGAUCUGUGUAGAAGUUCCUGUUGGAGUACCAGUAAAGAAAAAAACAUAAUUAUUGGUAAACUUAAGCAAGAAAUAAUAUAUGAAGGGGAUGGGAUUCUUUGCGUUAGAUGUGGUUGUUUUGCAACACAUACUCAAAACAAAUACAGAUGGAACAGACAGGAGCUACGGAGGAGCCAAAGGACAACAUACAAACCAAGGCACCCAACGAAAACAACACUAAAGAGUAUAUAUAUGCAGAAGAAGACUCGUGUAAAAUGGUCAAUUUUAAAAAAGCAAAGCAGACAAGGAAGUGUCUCAAAAGUGAGAAGCGAUGCAAAAGGUCCUUCUAACUUAUUCCAGAAGAAGUUGGAAGGAAUAAACCUUAAAUUAUUGGAAGCCAAGACAGAUUCUAGUCAGGGCAUCCCACGCGGCAGCUGAUUCUUUAGCGGUCUUGUAGCUCCAGAUUAGUGGUGAGAUCCUAGGAUUUCGGAUCGUCACUAGUCUAUCCUUAUUUUUCAGUC